CCCCGUUCUGCAAUAUAUAGGCGCGUAACAGCGAAAAAGCUCAGUCGAUGCUCUUCCGGUUCCGGGCCCAACAGGCCGCGGACCUCGGAAUCAUCGACAUCGGCCGCACCCGGCGGCCCAAGGCCAUCACCUCGGUCGACUCGAUCCCCAUGUGCGAGAAAUGGCGCGGCCAGGUGCUGAAGGAGAUCUCGCGGAAGGUGUCGCGCAUCCAGGAGCCCAGCCUGAGCGACUACCAGAUCCGCGACCUGAACGACGAGAUCAACAAGCUGAUGCGGGAGAAGUGGACAUGGGAGAUGCAGAUCCGCAACCUGGGCGGGCCCAACUACAUGCGGGGGUCCGGCCGCGUGUUCGACGACGACGGCCGCGAGAUCCCCGGCGGCGGCAAAGGGUAUCGGUACUUCGGGCGGGCGAGGGAGCUGCCCGGCGUGAAGGAGAUGUUCGAGGCGGCGGCCCGGCGCGGUCGGCCUGCCGAGGAGGAUGAUGCGGAGACUGCUGGUGGGGUUAAGGGGAGGGGCGGCGAUAUUGCGACGAAGAAGGUCGAUGCCAAUUAUUUCGGGUAUGGGUUGGAUGAGGAGGAUGGCUCGCUGCUGGCGUAUGAGAAGCAGAAGGAGAAGGAGGCCGUGGAGCGUCUGCGCAAGAAGGGUGAUGAUGGGGACGAUGGGUGGGAGCCGUUGCCGGGCGAUGCUGGGGACGGGGUCGAGUGGAGGCUGCCCAGUCUGGAGGAGGUGCAGGAGGAGCUGGUCGACCGACGGAGGAGACGACUGCUGGAUAAGAUCUCCUGAGGGGAUGGGGUGGGGAUAUUUGAUAUCUGUGUGCUCUGGAGUUUGUGGCUUAUAUUCCUGCUCAUUUGUGAUGUCAUCUUGGGGUCUUCUCGGGGUGUUUCUCUUCUACUGUCAUAUUUGUUUCUAUGGCGUUCUGGUCCCUUUUCCACCCAUAUGUUGUGUUCUCUCGCCGCUUCU